AUGCGUGCCGCUAUCAUUACUACUAUCUUCACUCUUGCUACCGCCGUCAUUGCUGCUCCUGUCCCUGCGGAGAAGCGUGGCUCUUGGCACCCUCGCAGUGCCAAGAUUACUUGGUACAGCGGCAACAGUCUGUCGAACCCAUACUGCGGUGGGCCGACUCCGACUGAUCAGGACAUGGUGGCGGCUACGGGCUGGGACUCCCCCUACGGCUGUGGUGACACAAUCACGUUCGACUACUACGGCCACAAGGCCACUGUCACUGUGGUUGACAAGUGCGAGGGCUGCCACUCGGGCGCUUGGUUCGAUAUUAGCAAGGCUGCUUUCUCGAAGCUUGCUGAUCUUGAAGUUGGUGAACUGAUCAAUGUUGACUUUUACAAGUACUAA